UCCAUCCUCUGUCGCAGGACGGGCGUGUCCAAUAUGAGUGCACGCAAGAGGAAGCUUGGGGCAGUCAUAAAUGCAUCCACUGAACUGCCCGAGUCGUUGCAGUACACUCCAGUACCAAAAGUGCCCAUCGCACCUACCCCGAAGAAGAUCAAGACUGUCGCUGCGGCGCCUGCGCGCGUCGAUGUGCUCGUUGCUAGUGCUGGUUUAUUGCAGAUGCAAGCUGAUGGCUUGCUCGAGACGCUACGUCCUCGGCAGAAGGAUCUCUCUUGUCAUCUUGCGGCGAUGCAACUUGCAAAGGACGUCGAGGGCCUUAUCAAAGAUAUGCCUACGCAAGAGGCCAAAAAGAUUGACGCUCUACUGGAGCAUGCUAAGAAGAAUCGGACAAGGAUCCCGUUCUCUCACGAGCCACCAAGUGAUUUGCAGCUCAACUUUGAAUUUGAACCGCCGACAACUGUAAUGUAUUCGACAGUGUUGAUGCGGCAUCAACCUCCGUUGGUCGAACUAUAUGCGACAAUUCCAGCUCGAGUUAUACAAGAAAAAGAUUACCUAAAUCACCGCAUUUUCUACAAGCAGGCAUUCUACUUGUAUUGGCUCAAGUCACAUUUGCCCGCUGGCAUGACCGCAUCAUUCGAGGAUGGCAGGCUCAUCAUCGUACGUGACAAUGUUCGGAUACAGGUUGUGGCCGCCAUUGAUGAAGUUAGCUUCCCCGUCUCAAAGUUGGAGGCUAGCAAAAAUGCAGACCGGAGUGUGGAAGGGCCAACUCCAGAUUAUAAUCAGGAAGUGCUUUGCUUGCAAGCGACACUGACGUUCAAAGAAAAGGAAAAUGCUAUCCGGGCCCGUUUGUCUAGCUAUGACGACAGCCUACGUUUGGCGCAUCGAUUUUUGUCUCUGCGAGAUCUGCCGAUAAGCUUGUCGCAAUGGUCAUGGGCGACUUGCCAGACGCUAGAAGCAAAACAGAAAGUUCCAAAUUCGCCACUUGCUCUAUUCCGAGCCACUUUGCAAUAUAUGGUGACGCUAGCUGAAACGACAACUUGGGAUGCUCUUCAUCAGAUCAGAUCAAAUGAAAUGCAAAGGCUAUACCUGCAGUACGAGUGCAAUCUUGUGCUCAAUCGACUCAAUUCUGCUGGUUCAGAAGCUUUCGGCAUUGAACAGGCAUUUGCCAAUUUGUUUUUGCGACGCGUUGCCAAUGCCGCUCACUUUGACGCCACUUUUCAUGUCCCUGGAACGGUCGAUUGCGCCAAGCUGUAUCGCGUUGUGAAACGCGCAACUCCUGGCAGAGUCUCUCUCAUACAUGUUCAACAAGAAGCAGAUGGUGCACGCCUUGGAUUGUUAUUUGAUGACGAGAAGCUUGUACGCAGUGGCAUGGUGCUUGGACCAGCAGCAAACACUGAAGAUGCCAAUCAGUUUCGGGCCUUCUGGGGUCCCGAGUCGGAGCUUCGCAAGUUCAAAGAUGGCCGCAUCCUGGAAACCGUCAUGCUCAGUUCGAAAGAUCCAUUGUUGAGCCUCUUACAGCAUGUUCUCAAGUUGCAUAUGCAAUGCUCGAUUGAACGAAUAUAUGAUCAAUUUGAUGAGGCGUCAAUUGAACAAGAAGCCCAAAUUGCACAACAGCGCAUGGCAGAAUUUGAAGAGAUUGCCCGCCUGGCACGAGAAGCUGAGGAUCUGCCAUUGCGCAUCACCACAGUAUCAAGGACAUCGUCUGCAUUUGGGCCGCACGCGACACUUGACGGUGUCAUUGUCUUUGAGUCGAGCGCUCGCUGGCCUGAUCACAUUCCUGCUAUCCAACGAACAAAGAUUGCUUUGCUCCUCAGUUGUCAACGAAGUUUCUCGGCCAUUCCGGGCGUCGUGCGAUGUCAAGUCGGGUUGGAACAAAGCAAGGUGACUCUUUACAACGGAGAAUCUCUCAGUAACUUGUCCUUCCUGCAAGUGCAAGCAGAAUCUGGCAGCCUCUAUAACUUGCGGGUUCAAUUCGAUCGAGAAUACACACUGCUCGAGAAUGAGUCGAAAAAAGCACAGCCGGACAAGACCAGAUACAUGGAUGCUAUGCGGGAUUACAAAUCACUGUAUGUCACUCCGACGCUACAUCGUCAGAGCAUAGCGAAUGUCGCUUCGAAGCACCCCAUGUUUGCCAGCACGGUUCGCCUUUUGAGCAGAUGGGUGUCGGCGCACUUGUUGUCACGUCACUUUCCACAGCAUCUGAUUGAGCUUUUGGCUGCUCACGCUCUCAGUAGCGAAAUCAGCCCAUUUGCAGAGCCCAAAUCACUCUUUUCGAGCUUCUUCCGUGUCAUUCAGUUCCUUGCUCACUGGGAUUGGCGGCAGGAGCCUGUUGUUGCGGAGCUUGAUCAAAGUCUGACGCAAGCCCAGCGUGAUGCAUUACAAGAGCGCUUCAAGCAGAUACGGCAUUCGGAUCCUGCAAUGCAGCUGAAAGGCCUGCUGGCUUAUGGGGCUUACGAUUUGGCCACCGAUAUUCAAGUUGAUCGGGUUGCUGCUCUUCGUAUGACGCAGCUUGCAAGAGCGUCCUUUGACUUAUUGGGUGAGCAUGGUGCCGACCUGUUCAAGACGCCACUGACAGACUUUGAUAUUGUGCUGAAGCUCAAGCAUGGAAAAGUGUACAAGAACAUUUCCAGCGAGAACCCAGUCAACAAGCUUUUUGUUGAUGACCUUGAAGCACUCUUUGGUGAUACAUUUCUGGUCUUUGGUGGUGAUGGUCAUGCAAUUGGAUUGAUGCUCAGACCCGAGCUGCGUGAUCCUACGACGCAGUGGCGAUUCCGGGUAAACCUUGGCUUCAAUGCCAUGCCCGUCAAGUCUGAGGGCGAUUCACUGCAGGUCAAGCUGAACAUCCAGGGCACGCUUGAUGAGAUUCUGCGAAUGGGCGAGGGUAUAAUCUCUGAUGUGGAUGUACACAUGGAUCUGCCGUAGCAUAUAGCAGCUAUUUUAUAACUCAUCUACAGCAAAUCUGGUACUCUAUGUUGGUCGCCUAACCCUAACUCCCAUCGUCAUCUUUCGCUCUUGAGACGACCGCGCUCAGCUUCUGCACAGCGAAGGUCUCGUACUUCAGUAGACAACAGCAAAGCAAAUCACCAUGUCGACUGAUCUCUGCCCUGUCUAUGCUCCCUUCUUUGGCGCCAUGGGUUGUACGGCUGCCAUUGUCUUUUCCUGCUUCGGCGCAGCUUACGGCACCGCCAAGUCUGG